GAGGACUGCUGUGGAUCCCGCUGGCUCAUCCUGUGACUCUCUGCCUCCUUGACAGACCAAGGGGAAAGCUAAAUGCACCCAAGUGAUUCUGGAAAACCAGAGAAGAGAGGCAAGCUUCCCGGCUUUGUUCUUGCCUUAUGAGAGCGCUCUCCGUGGACUCCCCCCGCUCAGCACACUGUACUGUUUAGUUACUACCAGAAUUCUCAGGUGUAGAAAAAAAACGAGUCAAACACAAAGAGGAAAGAAGAAAGGGGAACAGAUAAAGAGAGCGAAGCCGCAUAAUUAGUAUUACUGCGGGUGUGUCAGAGCUGGAAACCAUGAGAAGAGGCUUCUGAAGGCAACUGUGCUCUGAAAAAUACUGUGGCUAACCUCCAGGACAUUUGUAUGUUUGUGUGCGUUUAUGUGUGCACACCUCUUCUGUUUUCAAAGGACUUGAAUUUGUGUUUGGAUGCAGAUUUAGCCUUUCAUUAUGACUCUUCGAGGGGGCUUUGAGCGAGCAUGGAUUGGCUACCGCAGAGGCGUCCGCUGCUGGGCGCUGCUGCUAGCUUGUUACUUCUUCCUCUCCUCGGCGGCCAAACCCAAAAUGCCCGGCCACACGCACCUGAACUCAAUACGCAUCGACGGAGACAUCUCUCUAGGCGGGCUGUUCCCCGUGCACGCCAGGGGGAACGACGGGAAAGCCUGCGGAGAGCUGAAGAAGGAGAAGGGGAUCCACAGGCUGGAGGCCAUGUUGUUUGCUCUGGAUCGUAUCAACAAUGACAAUGAGCUGCUGCCUAAUAUCACUCUGGGGGCUCGCAUCCUGGACACCUGCUCCAGGGACACCCACGCUCUGGAGCAGUCGCUGACAUUUGUUCAGGCAUUGAUUGAAAAAGACUCAACUGAUGUCAAGUGUCUCAGCGGAGGGCCGCCCAUCAUCACCAAGCCCGAGAGAGUGGUGGGAGUGAUCGGUGCUUCCGCCAGCUCCGUGUCAAUCAUGGUCGCCAACAUCUUACGUCUAUUCAAGAUCCCUCAGGUGAGCUACGCCUCCACGGCUCCGGAGCUGAGCGAUAACACCCGGUACGACUUCUUCUCGCGCGUGGUGCCGCCGGACACCUACCAGGCGCAGGCCAUGGUGGACAUCGUCAAGGCCAUGCGCUGGAACUACGUGUCCACCGUCGCCUCAGAGGGAAACUACGGGGAGAGCGGCGUCGACGCAUUCAUUCAAAAGUCCAGAGAGGAUGGCGGCCUGUGCAUUUCCCAGUCGGUGAAGAUUCCACGAGAGCCGAAAGUGGGAGAGUUUGAUAAGAUCAUUCGCCGGCUGAGCGAGAACCCCAACGCUCGAGUCGUGAUCAUCUUCGCCAACGAGGACGACAUCAGGCGGCUCCUUCAAGCAGCGAAAAAGGCCAAUCAAACAGGCCAUUUCAUCUGGGUGGGCUCGGACAGCUGGGGCUCCAAGAUCUCCCCGAUACUGAACCAAGAAGAAAUGGCAGAAGGCGCCGUCACCAUCUUGCCCAAACGGCAGUCAAUAAAAGGAUUUGAUCGCUACUUCAUCAGCCGAACUCUGGAGAACAACAGAAGGAAUAUCUGGUUUGCAGAGUUUUGGGAGAACAACUUCCAGUGCAAGCUCAGUCGGCACGCUCUGAAGAAAGGAUCUGGGAUCAAAAAGUGUACAAAUCACGAACGGAUCGGGAAAGAUUCGUCCUACGAGCAGGAAGGGAAGGUCCAGUUCGUGAUAGACGCCGUGUACGCCAUGGCUCACGCCCUGCAUAACAUGCACAAGGACCUCUGCCCCGGGAAGGUCGGCCUCUGCUCCAAGAUGGACACCAUCAACGGGACCCUGCUGCUCAAAUAUAUCCGCAAUGUCAACUUCACAGGAAUUGCUGGCACUCCGGUAGUAUUCAACGUAAACGGAGACGCUCCUGGGCGCUAUGAAAUCUACCAAUACCAGAUCACGAACAAUGUCACAGAGUACAAGAUCAUCGGUGACUGGACCGAUCAGCUCCACUUGGACACCAAUGAGAUGCAGUGGCCCGGAGGAACUCAGGAAGUGCCGUCUUCGAUAUGCAGCCAACCCUGUCGCGCUGGGCAGCGCAAGAAGACAGUGAAGGGGAUUCCCUGUUGCUGGCACUGUGAGAACUGCGACGGCUACCAGUAUCAGGCCGACACUUACACCUGCAAGAUGUGCCGCUUUGACUUGCGGCCCAACGACAAUCACACUGGCUGCGUUCCCAUUCCCAUUGUCAAGCUGGAGUGGAGCUCCCCAUGGGCCGUCAUCCCCGUCCUCAUUGCCGUCUUGGGAAUCAUGGCCACUCUUUUAGUGGUCGCCACUUUUGUGCGCUACAACGAUACGCCCAUAGUCAAGGCAUCAGGUCGAGAACUGAGCUACGUCCUGUUGACAGGCAUCUUUCUGUGCUACGCUACAACGUUUCUGAUGAUCUCCACUCCCGACGUGUUCAUCUGCUCCCUGCGGAGGAUCUUCCUCGGCCUGGGUAUGAGCAUCAGCUAUGCAGCCCUGCUCACUAAAACAAACCGGAUCUACAGGAUUUUUGAGCAGGGCAAGAUGUCGGUCAGUGCCCCCCGGUUCAUCUCCCCGGCCUCCCAGUUAGUCAUAACAUUCAGCCUGAUAUCGGUGCAGCUUCUCGGGGUGUGCAUCUGGUUCGGCGUUGACCCGUCGCAGGCCAUCAUCGACUACGAGGACCAGCGCACGACCAACCCCGAAAUGGCCCGCGGCGUUUUGAAAUGCGACAUAUCAGACCUGUCUCUCAUCUGCCUGCUGGGUUACAGCAUGCUGCUCAUGGUCACAUGCACAGUUUACGCCAUCAAGACCAGAGGGGUCCCCGAGACGUUCAACGAGGCCAAGCCCAUCGGCUUCACCAUGUACACCACCUGCAUUGUGUGGCUGGCGUUCAUCCCCAUCUUCUUUGGAACCUCACAAUCAGCAGAGAAGAUGUACAUCCAGACCACGACGCUCACCAUCUCCGUGAGCCUCAGCGCGUCGGUCUCUCUGGGAAUGCUCUACAUGCCGAAGGUCUACGUCGUUCUCUUCCAUCCGGAGCAGAAUGUACCCAAGCGCAAGCGCAGCCUGAAGGCAGUGGUCACCGCCGCCACCAUGUCCAACAAGUUCAACCCCAAAGGUGGCCUGAGGCCCAACGGAGAGGCCAAGUCUGAACUCUGUGAAAGUCUGGAAACACAAGACUGUGUUGAGGGAGGGGAGCCUUGUGAGGGACUUUAGACUCCCAGUGUUGGCCUCCAAGCAGACGUACAUUAGCUACAGUAACCAUGCCAUCUAACGUCGAGGAGCCGAGGAAGAGGUGCGAGGGCCUGCCUGACGAGAAAUCACCCGAUUCUGGAAAACACCGGAGACGAAAACGGAGGACUUUUGAGCUGCUACAGC